GAGGGAUGGAGGGGCGGAGGGAUGGAUGGGCGGAGGGAUGCAGACGGGAAGGACGGAGGGCUGCGAGCGGUUGGGUGGCGGACAGCACCAUCGCGUGGCCCUUGACCGCAGGGACAGCGACAGCCCAGAGCAGCGGUGUAGUGCCAGCCCCUGUCCCCUGGACGGGGAAUUACAGCCAGCACCCCCGUGCCUCGGUUUCCCCCACCGCAGCACCCUGCACAGCGGUGCCUGGCCCCGGAAAGCCAGGGCAGCACCCACCCACACCCAGCACGCCACAGACCCACGGGCGGCUGUGGGCACAGCUGCUGUGUCCCCACGGCAGGAGCUGGAGGACGGCAGAAGGGGAAGGGUUUGGGGACAGACAGACCAGGGGUACAGGGAUGCCAUCAUCUCACUGCUGGCCAGAAGGGUUUGGGGGCUCCUGGGGACAGCAGAGCUGCUGGUGGUAGCACAUGGUAGCCCCAGGUCACCUGCUCACCUUGCAGGACACAGCCACCCCUGCUCCUCCUGUGAGCCCCUGCUCCACCAGCCCAGCAGCCGUGUCCCUGCGGCCCUGUCAGGGCUGUGACCGUGCUGGUGACCCCACCAGAGCCCAAACUCCCUCAGACCAUGUUAUUGCCAAGAGAACCCCUCAGGGCUGCCCGGUCCAGAGGGGACUCGCCACUGACCACAGCGGCCACUGCCAGCGGAGCCAGCGCCCGGGGCGGCGACGGGUGGCCGAGUCCCAGACCACGCUGGCCCCCUGCCCUGUCUGCUCCGAGGCUCCCUGGCACCUUGGGGACCGGACACACCUCUGGCAGGGCACAGCUGGGGGCUGGGGCUUUCCCUUUUUAGCUGCCCAGCUUGCAGGGACCGGCCACACUGCAGGACAGCGGCCGGCACCCUCGGCGGCCAUGGAGCGGGCUCCAAACCUGCUUCUCCUCUGCAUCUUCACCUUCGCCAUGGUCCUGGUUCCCGAAGCCAAGGACCAGAGCAAGGCAGCCAAGGGCAGGAGAAGGGGCCUGGCACGGCCACCAACAGCUCCCCCUGCGCUGGCCUGGGCCCCGGAGGAGCCCUACAGCAGCAUGGCAGAGUACGAGCUCAGCAUCCAGGACAUGGUGCGCCAGCUGAGGAACGGCUCCGAGCCCGGGGACACCAAGUGCCAGGUGAACCUGAGGCUCUGGAGGUCCAACCGCAGGAGCCUGUCCCCCUGGGCCUACAGGAUAAACCACGAUGCCGCACGGAUCCCAGCAGACCUCCCCGAGGCGCGGUGCCUCUGCACGGGCUGCAUCAACCCCUUCACCAUGCAGGAGGACCGCACCAUGGCCAGCAUCCCCAUCUACAGCCGCCUGCCCGUGCGCCGCCUGCUCUGCCCGGGCCCGCCCGAGGCGGGGCACAGGCCCCCGGGCAAGAAGCAGUGCCACAAGAAGUAUCAGAUGGUGAUGGAGACCAUCGCCGUGGGCUGCACCUGCAUCUUCUGAGGCUGCAAAGCCACCCCCCUGCAGCUCCCCGUGGGCACCUAAGCUUGCUCUCGCUUCCCGAGCUUGCCCAGCCCUUUGGGAGAGGCCACCUGGCUGGGCAUCGGGGGGAGGGGAGGUCCCUGUGCAAGAGCUCCUCAAAACUCCCCUGCAGGCUCCGGCAGGCUCAGCCCCAGCAGCCGCUCUGGGGACACCCAGGGCAGAGGCAGCCCCUGCGAGUCACCCAGCCCCAGACAUCGCCUGCCCCCAGGGAGGAGCUCGGCUGUGGGCUGGGGGAGACAGGGAGGCAGCUGCCCAUGGUGCCUCUGGCUGGGCAGGAUCGGGAUCAGGAUCAGGAUCAGGAUCAGGAUCAGGAUCAGGAUCAGGAUCAGGAUCAGGUUCAGGAUCAGGUUCAGGACCAGGAUCAGGAUCAGGAUCAGGAUCAGGAUCAGGCCUCCUCCCUUCCCAAAGUCCCCACUUCUCUUUGUUGGCUCCGUUGCUGCAACAGCCCCAGCAACACCCAGCCCUCCCAUCCUCCCCAGCCCUCCCUCAAGUCCCUCUGUGCCAGGCCGGGCAGUCCAAGGAGCGGGACGAGCUGCUGGUGGUCUGGGCAGCUUCUGAGGUCUCAAUAAAGCGCAUUGCUGGCCCUGGUCUGAGCUGCCCCUGCC